AAAAUCAAUAUCGACCACGUUCACUUCUAAGGCCGCCUGUAGAGCUGCUGACAUAUAGCGAGCAUCAGUCGGCCGAGAGAGUCGCACAUCGAUUCACCACAGGUUGGCCUAACUUACUUGUCAGAUCUCCGGGCAUCAAGCAUCCCCGUGAUAGGGAUUAAUACUACCUGUGCGGUUUCUGCCAGAGUCCGGUCGAAAGUUGUGAUAUAACUCGGACACGCUCGUACGCCGAGAAGUCGAUACCAAAAUGCUAUAAGUCAACGUGUCUUCCCACCCUCCGUCGUGCUCGCCGUGGGUUCACAAAGAAGGCAUAUUUUGUGAGAAACAUACUUCGACAAGAAUCGUUCAUAAUCAUGGACAGAAACACGCUUAGAGAGCCCGUCGAGACCAAGGGCAAGAUGGAGCACUCCCCGGGGUCCCCAGAUGAACCGAUACCUAUCAUCUUAUGUGGCAAGGCUCUGGAGAUAGGGGAAAUCGUCUCACGGUCGACCCAGCCUGAGUUCCAAGUCAUUCACUUCAUCAACACAUUCGAGGACGCGAAAGCCAAUCUCGGUAGCCUUGUUGCCGGGCAUGGGCCCCAGACGCCCAGUUCGAACCACAUUGGUAGCCAUGACUACAGCAAGCCACCGCGCGCCGUCGUCUUCGGGCGUGCAUAUAACUCGGCUCAUGUAAAGGAGCUCCAUCGCCUCUUUCGUGGAAAGGCCAAUCACCCUGUGGCAUGGAUUGUUAGCGACCCGUCCGUCAAACCACCAGGGCGUCCGGGCCCAAGCUAUGCGGAAGAAGCAGCAAACAACGUCAGAAGGGCAUUUGCAAGGUGGAGCGAUGCCGGGGCUGCCGGUGAAGACUUGGUUUACUAUUGAGUGCCGGAUGGGAACGUUGGAUCUUCUUCAAUGCCAGUUGAUGGAUCAAUAUAACUCGUCAGCAUCUUGAGCUAGAGACUCUCGAUAUGGAUGGAAGUGCUUGAUCGUGGGCCUCCUGAAGCGGCAGUGGUGGUGGAUCUCUGUCCAGGUAGCUUUGACAAAAACAUCAGAACGUCUCGCAAGGCUUUGCAAGCUGUGAAUGAUUGACCUCACAUACCACUACUACCGCGAGGCUUGAAUGCUACAGUCAGGCCAAGGAGCAAAAACUCAUCCCACAAUUCCAGUUGUCUGGAAUUGCACG